ACUUGUGACUUUGUUUUUACGCAAACCACAAUGUAGAAAACUACAAGUUUGACUUAUGAACUGGUGAUCUCUGCUUUAUUUUAUUUAGAAUAUGUCCAAUUACGAUUCUAACCUAACACCACCAUUCGACGAUUCCGUUCAGUUGUCAGAAAUGCAGGUUGAUGUUUCAGACGAUCUUCCGAUAGACGCGGCUGGUGGAGAUAUGGAGCUCCCUGAAGUAGAAAUCGUUGAGAACACAAACCAUAUCAGCACAAAGAGGGGAUAUGUUAUAGUGGCUAUACUGUUCUUCAUUAACUUAUUGAAUUAUAUGGACAGAUUUACCAUUGCAGGUGUCCUUAAAGAUAUACAGGAUUAUUAUAAAAUAAACAAUUCUGAAGAUGGUUUACUGCAGACAGCAUUUAUAUCAUUCUACAUGGUUUUCUCACCAAUAUUUGGCUAUAUGGGUGAUCGAUUCAAUAGGAAAAUAAUCAUGGCAGGCGGAAUCUUCUUCUGGUCAAUAGUCACACUUGCUGGAAGUUUUGUUCCUGCUGAUUAUUUCUGGGGUUUCAUCCUGAUGCGGGGUAUGGUUGGAGUGGGGGAGGCCAGUUACUCGACCAUCGCUCCCACUCUCAUCGCCGACCUGUUUACUGGUGGGCUGAGGACAAGGAUGCUAAUGGUCUUCUACUUUGCCAUUCCAGUUGGCAGUGGCCUUGGUUACAUUGUGGGGUCCAAUGUUGCAGAAGCUUUUGGACAGUGGCAGUAUGCUCUAAGGGUGACCCCGCUGUUGGGGAUCGUGUGUGUGGGUCUCAUCCUCAUAUUGGUAAGGGAACCAGUACGGGGUGGGGCGGACGGGGCCCACCAUCUUGUCAACACUUCUUUCUUCACAGAUCUCAAGGAAAUCGCCAAGAACAAGAGUUUUAUGCUGUCAUCCUUUGGGUUCACCUGUGUGGCAUUUACUGUUGGAGCCCUGGCUCUUUGGGCUCCCAUAUUCAUGCAGGAUGCAAUGUCGGUCCUGGGACAUCCCACGAAGGCGUCCACGGUAUCAUUCAUAUUUGGUGGUAUCACUGUAGCAGCAGGGUUUAUAGGCGUGGCUAUUGGGGCGGAGUCAUCUCGACGGUAUAAGCUCAUCAACCCACGUGCCGACCCUCUAAUAUGUGCGAUGGGUCUGCUAGUGUGUACUCCUUUCCUGUAUUUUGCCCUCGUGUUGUCAGGAAUAAAUACAACAGUAACAUGGGUUCUAAUAUUUUUCGGUGAAGUUGCAUUGUGCUUGAACUGGGCAAUUAUUGCCGAUAUUUUAUUGUAUGUGGUAAUUCCGACACGUAGGUCAACAGCAGAAGCAGUACAGAUUCUCAUGUCCCACUUGCUGGGUGACGCAGGCAGCCCUUACCUUAUUGGAGUGAUGGCAGACGGACUGUCAAAGGGAUACAAGGGGAACCCGAGUAGCCCAGCCAUACAGUUUGUUGCGCUCCAACAGUCGCUGUAUCUGACCACAUUUAUUUGUGUAAUAGGCGGAGGGUUCUUCCUGGCGUGUGCUCUCUUCAUAGUUCAAGACAAAAAGAAAGCUGAGCGCCAAACUAAAGAGCAGUACAGCCUACUAAAAGAGGGACUGGCAAUAAACGAUGACAGCACUUCGGACAUCGAACCUAUUGAUAUUGGGGAUGAAAACGUCAGCGAUUUGCGACCGAUCGUUUAGUUUAUACUCAGGGACCAUAGCUUUGAUUUCAUAUAUGUCGAUGCAGACAGGGGCAGAUAACCCAGCCUUUGAUGAUUUUGUUAACUCCACAUCGUCAAAUCGUUCAUCGGAAAAAACUCCAAUAAGGAACCCAUGAGAGAAGGAAUUUGUAGCUAAGAGCUAUAUGUUAUGUUUGAACUCAGUAAAGAAAUGCUGUUUUAAUCUUGUUCUGACUGAACUGUAGCUAAUGAGAUUGUGUUGAUGUAUUUUAGUUCUUUUGCUAGAGCUGAAAGUGCUGUUUUGUGACAAAAGUAUUUUAAGUGUGUUAGAACAUGGACUGUAUUUUUUUUGUGUUCAUGGAAUGAAGUUACAUUGAAAAGUGUUUUUAAAGUUUUAUUAUAUUGAAAUGUAAGGGCAAUCACUCUGUACAAAAAACAACAACAAAUUUUCCCGCUUUUUUAUACCAAGCUCAUUUUCAUGUUGCUUCAAGGUGGUGGUGUUGUCAAGGUGACAUUAUACACCUGCCUUUUUUGUAGCUCACAUGGUCCUCCAAAUAUUUUGACCCUUGACUUUGUAAAAAAUUGUUUGAAAUUUGUGUGUGUUGCAUGAAGCGUAAAAAACAUUGCACCUAUAGUCAUGAAACUUCAUUGAAAUAUUGGUCAGCAAAGGCUUUCGUGCACAUGUUCUUUUUUUCACAUUUGACUUCCUAUUUCCCCAUCCAGACAUUUAAUCAUUCCUGUGUCCAUGCAGUGUCUGGGGGAAUUUAUCAUGUGUGUAAUAGCUCAAUUAUAUUUGAUUUCAGAAUAACUUUGUUAAAUAAGAAACACAAAUCAUGUUUUAAAUUAGUAUGUUGCCAAAAUGUUAGAAAUUUUCAUGUAAAAAAUUGCAGCAUUGUUAUAAAGUGAAACUUGUUGAAGAUAUCUUGUUCAGUAUUUGAUUUUUUAUUAGAUGAUUAUAUUUUUUAAGAAAAAAGUGUGUGUUGUCAUAGUGCUUUGUUGACAUGGCAGUGUGUAAAAACCCAAGAAUAUUGAAGAUAUUACCAUGACUUAAAGUGUAAUCAAUUCAUCAGCAUGAGGAAUCUAUGACCUAAAUGAUUCAAUUUGAUUUAAUUUUAUGGAUAGAUGCAAAGCUGAAAUUUUGUCCAUGGAUUGCAUCAUUAAAAUACAAGCAAAUAUUUAAUUGUUAACACCUUUAGAAAUAGAAAAUAGCAUUGUCUUUUAUAGGUUUAGAAAUAUUUUCAUAUCUUUUCUGCCAAAAAAGGAAUUUAGCAAUUAACAUCACUUCUUUGUAUACAUUGGUUAUGACCUGUGGUCAACCGUGUGAGAACCCCUUUGAAGUCACGUGAUUCCUCAUGCCGGCAUCCGUCAUGUAGGCAUCCAUUUAAUUUUUCUUUUGUUUGUCUUUUGAAUGACAAAUGGAAUUAUGUGCUUACACUGUUUAUUGUUAAGAUUGCAAAGUUGUUUGUUCAUGUAUUUCUAACAAUUGUACAACAUUAUUGAAUGAAAUGAUGAAAAUGUUUUGUAAAUGGAUAAAACGAGCUAAACCACUGAAUAAUAAAAUGUAAAUAGGUUAUUUUGACAGAUGAAUAUAUUAUUUGUCUGAAAAAUUAUUUUCUUUAUUUUCACUUCUCAUUUUUUGCAUGUAAUGUUCUUAAUCGAUGCAAAUUAUUAUUUGUUUAAAGUCUCACAUAACUUAUUUACGAAAUAAAUGAUGGAUUGAAACAAC